AUGGACCAGCUUCCUCAAGCUGAUGCGGCGACGAUCGACCGGUCUAGCUUGAAGCUUAGUAAUCAGCCUGGUGACAAAGGCGAGUCCGUCCCGUUUGACGCGCUCAAGGGACGUAAAGUCGGGGAUAUGGGAUUCACACAUGGCGACCUGCUCUUCCUAUCGUAUAAGCAGUCUCAAGCGAAUCCAAACUCUCACCCCACUACGUCCGCUUCGAGCUCCACCGCCCCUCAUCCCAGUCAGCCGGACCCAUCACAUCCUCACACCCAUACCGAUCCGCCUUUGCCCAAUACUAUCCCCCUGCCGGACCUGUCGCACGUGAUCGAGCCCGAGGUGGACCUGUAUUGGCAGAAGCAGGAUGGAAAGAUACAUCGGAAGCGGGAUACCAACUUCUGUCGACAUGGCGAGAAGGGCAUGUGCGAUUACUGCAUGCCUCUUGAGCCAUAUGACGCCAAGUAUCAAGCUGAGAAUCAAAUUAAACAUCUGUCAUUCAACGCCUACCUCCGCAAACUCAUGGUCAACCGCCCAGCCGCCACCUCCUCCUCGUCAGCCAACACUCACCUUCCCCCACUGAACCAAAUCUCCCUCUCCGUUCAAACCCCAUGUCCGACCGGCGGACACGCCCCCUUCCCCGCUGGAAUCUGUUCCACAUGUCAACCCUCCGCGCUUACUCUCAACUCCCAAUCAUACCGUAUGGUCGACCAUGUCGAAUUCGCAUCACCGCAAAUCAUCGAUAAUAUCAUUUCGGCAUGGCGGCGGACGGGGACCCAGCGGUUCGCAUUCUUGAUGGGACGCUAUGACAAGUAUGAGAUUGUGCCGAUGGGGACCAAGGUGGUCGUUGAGGCGGUAUGGGAGCCGAGACAGGAGGGAGAGCUGGAUGGGCUGACGGUGGAGACGCCGUGGGAGGAUCAGGAUCGGGUAGGGGAGAUUGCGGCGUGGUGCGAGAAGGGACUUGGGGUGGUAGGGAUGAUAUACACCGAUCUGACACCAUCACCGGACGACAUCACCAAACUACUCUACAAGCGCCACGCCCAGUCGUAUACCGCCUCCUCACUCGAAAUGCUCAUGUCGGCGGCAUAUCAAAGAUCGCACCCUCUGCCCACAAAAGCCUCGCCAACAGGCCACUUCAGCUCAAGAUUUGUCACUUGCUGCUUGACCGGCACGGAGGAAGGAGGGAUCGAUGUCAUCGCAUGGCAAGCAACGGAGCAAGCGGAAGAGAUGGUCCGAGCUGGGAUAGUGGAGGCGACGGUAGAUCCGGGUGUGGUACGUGUCAGAAAUGCGGAAGACGGAGAGUAUAUCCCUGAAGUGUUCUACAGCUUCAAGAACGAAUACAACCUCCAAGUCAAGAUGCCGGCCAAGCCCACCUUCCCUGUAGAAUACCUCUUUGUCAACGUGACCAACGGUUUUCCUGUCGACCCCAAACCCCUCUUCCUCGCCAACGACUUUGCGCCCGAGAACCGCCCAGGACUGCAAGAUCAGUCGCUCGAGCUGGUCAUUUCGCAAUUGUCCAAGAUUGUACGGGACUCGGACGCGGAUGUCGGGGACGUGCAGACAUGGCCGGAGAGAAUCAAGAAGGAGGUGGGCAAGUGGUUGAGCGAUUGGCAUCUCGUGGCGUUUCUGUGUAUGCAGGGGCUGUUCAGUCUGGAAGAACAAAAAUUGCUUUGUCGGGCAGCAACCCAACAUGCCCACAGGUCAGACUCGGCCGCUCUCGCUCACCUGCUGGCUAGUGGAGGCUGGGGCACGCUCUGCGCUCUCGCCGAAAGCUCAGGUCCAUCCCGUGCCAACGGUCAAGCCAAUGGCGGAGGACGUUCGGCGCAGACGCCUACACCUCAAUUCGGCGAGAUGGGCAUCGACUCGCCACCCCGAGGGAGCGGGUCAGGGGGCGGAGGUGAUGCUAUAGCCGGCGGGGGAGGUGGAGCCAAGGUGUGCCCACAUUGCACGUAUGAAAAUGAGGCGGGGGCGCAGGACUGUGAUAUCUGUGGACUUCCACUAUAG